AUUAAAUCUUCCGCUUCCGUAAACCCUUCUCAUGCGAGCCGGCGCACCCGCUCCUCGACAGGAACCACCGUUCUCUUGUUUCCUGCACGAAGUCAUCAACCCCCGAGAUCCAAAUAUUAUUCCAAGAAAACAACGAGACAAAUAAACGCUUCUCCCCCUGAAAUUACUGCCCCAUCAAAAAACCAUCGCACCACCGCCCUUCCUCUUCUCCAGAUCUACCGACCUCUCAAAUCCCUUUUUUCGUUCUUCAUCGGGAUCGCAUUCUUGCCCAAGAUUUCGUCUUCUUGAUCGCGGACUGGAAGGGGGCUGUGGGAUCUGAGAGGAAUCGGAGGAUGCGGAAUUCGGUCUCGACGUACAGGGAGAGCCUCUCUCGGAUCGCCAGCGAGGUGCUGGAGGACGACGAAGAGCUCGAGAUCCCCCAGACUCGAGGGGCAGUGGGGGAGGAUUCACCGGCUUCCGGACGCCGGUUUUCUCGCCGGCGAUCUUCGAGGUUUACGCCCACAACCGGUUCUCCAGUCGCCAACGGGACCGAUUUGGGGUCCCAGGACGAGAUAGCAAAAUACAAAGCAGAUAUCCAGAAGCUUCAAGCAUCUGAAGCUGAAAUUAAGGCACUUUCAUUUAAUUAUGCUGCAAUGUUGAAGGAGAAAGAGGAGCAACUUUCUAAACUAUGCGAGGAAAAUGGUUCAUUAAGGAGAAAUUUGGAGGCAAAAAAUUUUCUUGGACAUACAUCAAAAGAUGAGAGCCUUAAAAUAUUAUCAAAUAGCUCUGAUGCGUUCAAGAGCACCGCUGACCAAUCACCCAUUAGACGACAGCGACAUACAGCUCAAGAAAAUUCUAAUUAUUCAGGAAACCAUGCACCACAAGGUAAUGCUUUUACGCGGGAUGGAUACAGCAACGGGGAUAUGCAACUAAAUCAAUUUCAUGCUGUGCAACGAAAGAGAGAACUCAAAAUUGUGAAUUCACAGGGCAAUGGGAAGGAGUACCCAGAUUUGCUUGAGGAAAACAGAUCACUGGCAGCAGCACAGGCCAGACUUGAGUCUGAAAUUAAACAACUAAAGGCACAACUUGAUAAUGAAUGUGAGAAUGCAACAAUCAUGAAGCAGAAGUUACAUGAGGAGCAUCAGCUGAAUCACUCUUCUUUGAGGGAACUCCAUGAUUUGAAGAUGGACAAGGAGAAGACCUCAAUUGUGAUGAAAGAGUUGCAAGAGGAAUUGAAUGAGAAGAUAUCAGAACUAAGCCGACUGCAAGCAGAGUUAAGCAGAAGGGACAUCAGAGAAGAGUCAAAUGAAUCUCUAGAGAGUUUGAAAAAUGCAAUCAGGACUUUAGAGAAGGAAAACGCAAAAUUGAAGGUAGAGAAGAAUGAACUUGAAGCAAAUCUGCAAUUUUGCAUGAAGAGUGCAUCUGAAAAGAAUGAUGCUGAUGAUCUGGACUCUCAGAAUCGGAAGUCAAGUAACUCACAUGAGGUGACAGAAGAGAUGGCUCUGUCAAUAAGGAAGUUGGAGGGAACAUUAAAAGACACCUGCAAAGAACGAGACAAGGCAUUGCAAGAAUUGGCCCGACUCAAACAGCACUUACUAGAGAAGGAACUUGAAGAUUCAGAUAAGAUGGACGAGGACAGCAAAAUCAUCGAGGAGCUUCGUGCAAAUUGUGAAUAUCAAAGAGCUCACAUAUUGCAGUUGGAGAAGGCUUUAAAGCAGGAAAUAUCGAAGAAAGAGGAAAUCAAAAUGAUCAAAAGUGAUGAACUUCACAAGUCAAAUGAAAUAAUUAAUGAUCUGAAGCAAAAGCUUUCAAAUUGUAUGAGCACAGUUGAAUCAAAAGAUCUGGAGCUGCUGAAUCUUCAGACGGCCCUUGGCCAAUACUAUGCUGAGAGUGAAGCAAAGGAACGAUUAGGAAGAGAUUUGGCUAUGGCAAGAGAAGAAUCAACUAAACUUUCUGAAUCUUUAAAGGUUGCUCACCAAGGGUUGGAAAUGUCAAAUAGAGAAAAGGAAGAGAUAGCUGCUAAACGGCAAGCUGAGAGGAUGUUAUCAGAGUCCAAGCACUCCAUACAGAAGCUUGAGGAGGAUAAUUCAAAAUUACGCCGGGUGCUUGAGCAGAGUAUGACAAGACUAAAUAGGAUGUCACUGGAUUCAGAUAAUUAUGUUGACAGGCGUAUUGUGAUCAAAUUAUUAGUGACAUAUUUUCAAAGGAAUCACAGCAAGGAGGUUCUGGAUCUUAUGGUUCGCAUGCUAGGCUUUUCUGAGGAAGAGAAGCGAAGAAUAGGUUUUGCUCAACAUUCUGCAGGUAAAGGUGUUGUUCGAGGUGUCCUGGGUCUACCAGGACGCCUUGUUGGAGGCAUCUUGGGAGGAAGCUCACCUGAAACAUCUUCUCAUGUAUCUUCAGAAAACCAGUCAUUUGCAGAUAUGUGGGUUGAUUUUCUUCUCAAAGAAUCUGAAGAAAGAGAGAGGAGGGAAACUUCAGAAGCAGCUGGAGUAUCCUCCAGUGCACAGGAGAGAGGAGCAAGCUCUACAAGGACGCAAUCCCCCCCUGAGCAAGGAACGAAGUUGCCAAGUACUAGUGGUGCUUCCAGUUUUCCAACUGUACAGAUAUCUAGACCUCUGUCCAAACAAAAUCAAGUCUCUGAACCUUUAGAUGCCGAAUUUGCAACAGUUCCUCUUACAUCCUCCGUCCAUCCAUCUGAAAGGAGUUCAUUUUCAAGGUUGCCCCACAGAUACUGAUAUUAGAAAUGUGCAGUGGAGAUAAGGAUGACACAGUUAUUUAAAAUUUGUUGAGGUAAAUAUUCCAUUUGUUCAUAUGAAUGCAGUGUAUUCUAAUUUUGAUUGCAUUCUUUUAAUAUGUAAAAGAGUGGAGUGUACGUUUGUCAUUCCACUAGUUAUGAUCAGUAAGUACUGUUCCCUGAGUGA